AUGAGCUUUGUGGACAAUUGUUCCCGGACAAGCUCGCUCAUCUCCAGCUUCAGUGGUGUAUGCCUGCCCCUGCCCAAGAGCAGAAUUAGAUGCAGCAAGGAUCAGAUCAACGUUGGGGGCAGCAGUUUCCAGUCUGCUUCAGAUGCUCUCCUGGUCUACCUGCAUCAGUAUGAUGUUGCCAUGGGGAGAGAGGUCCGGGUGAGGCGACAGGAUUCUCCAAGUGAUCUUCUUUUGUCUGGAAAUAAAAGGAGGGAAUCACAUCCGAUUUCAUCCAAAUAUCUGGAUGAUGUCCAGUCUCUGGGUGGUGCCAAUAUCACUAGAGUUGCAGAAGAUGUGGAGGAUGUCAAGUCUCUGGGUGGUGCUGAUGUCACUAGAGUUGCAGAAGAUGUGGAGGAUUUAUUAACAUCAAAGUUGCAAGCAGAAGUAACUGAGGCUGUCAGGGAAGUUAGAUUGCAACGUGGCCUAAAACUAGCAGCGCCAGAGUUUUCCAACCACACCAAAACUGAACUACAGCAUGAAGUUGAAGUUGCGCUCCUGAGGUCUGCAAAACUCCUUGAGAAGGUUACUAAAGAAGACAUUCCAUCCACAAGAUCUUAUUCCGUUGAAAGAAAAUUCCCAGGGUAUGACUCACUGGCUCUUUUAGGCAGCCAGGAAGCAGAGAAAAGACCACCAGGUCAUGUAUAUUCAUAUCAUAGCUCCCGACAUAGAAAAACUCAGAAUCUUUCAUCUGUGAAGUCAGUUCAUCCUCUUCCAGUACCUCUUCAGUCAGGAGAACUGAGGAGAUGCUCUUCAACAGAUAAUCUGCUGCCUGCAUCCCACAGACUUCCUCCUAAACAAAAGCAUUCCUUUAGCUCCAGUUCUGCUUCUAUUUCUUACCACUCAGACCCCACAGGUGUUCUCAGAAAUCUGCGCACUCGAUCCCUGUCCCCUGGACUGAGAAGUGCCACAAAUCACUCACCAUCACCUGAGCUGAUAAGUGCCACAAAUCACUCUCCAUCACCUGGGCUGAGAAAUGCCAUAAAUCACUCACCAUCACCUGGGCUGAGAAAUGCCACAAAUCACUCACCAUCACCUGAGCCCAGAAAUGCCGCAAGGCACUCACCAUCACCUGAGCUGAGAAAUGCCACAAAUUACUCACCAUCCCCUGAGCUGAGAAAUGCCACAAAUCACUCACCAUCACCUGAGCUGAGAAAUGCCACAAGUCACUCACCAUCACCUGAGCUGAUAAAUGCCACAAAUCACUCACCAUCACCUGAGCUGAGAAAUGCCACAAGUCACUCACCAUCACCUGAGCUGAGAGAUGCCACAAAUCACUUACCAUCACCUGAGCUGAGAGAUGCCACAAAUCACUUACCUAGCUCAGGAUUAUGGCAACAGUCAACAGCAUGGCAGGAUCAGUCUGUGAGGAAGUCCAUUCCAAGCUGGGUUCAAGAAUUAAGUCCCUCAGAAGUUACUGACUCAUUUUGGGAAUCAGACUCUGUCCAGAAAAGCAGUAAAGAAACAAAAACAUACAGUGACCCAGCCAAUCCUGACAAUGUGUCAGUUAGAACCAAAACAGGCACAACUAAUUCUCAUUCUAUCAAAGAUGAUGACUUGAGUAGUAACAGUGGUUUAAUAGCUGGUUGUAACUUGUCAGAUCUUGGUCUUAGUGCCAUACACUCUUCUAGCAAUAAUAAACUUUCAACUUUCUUCAAUGGUACUGGCAAGGAAGACUAUUCCAUAGAGAAACAUAGGAUCAGGCAUUCUUCGCCAAUUAGAGAGAGUCUUGCUUCAGCAUUUACCAGCCCUGUGAUGCCAGUGCUGGGUAGCAGGACUUUUGAUAGUGAGUACAAUGGAGAAGCAGUCUUGCAUAGAGACAUCCUGCCACAGACUGCAAGGUUGAAGAGAUCUAUAGAAAAUUUUGUGGCCUCAGCAGAAACUCUCAGGCAGAAAACACUGAGGUCAGACUCAUCUGUUGCUAGCAGUGAGGCGCAGUGCUCUAGUUUGGACACACUGUCCCUGCUCACUGGGAAACCCUUGUCACGGAAAGAUGCUGCAACAGCCAGCUUGAUGCCUGAAGGUAUUCCAGCAGUUGGCCAGAGUUAUUCCACCUGGUCUCUGGUCCCUGCCAGCGAACACGAGAAGGGAAAUGCUAGUCCAGGAAGUGCUGGCCUGGACCUAACCUCAGACGGGCUUGAUGGAGACAGGCCUUGGGAAAAACUGGCUGUCACUUUCAAACCCCCGGUGCCAGUUGAAGCAGAUGAUGUAGCUCCUGGGAAUGGGACAUUCUCAGAACAGAGAACCCUGUCUGGCAGAAAACAACCUGGCAGUAUGGAGACUUUGAAAAACAUGUUAUUUAAACUUCAAGCUGAGGAGAGUAGCACACACAAGGAGAAUAAUAAGAACCACGAAGGCUUGAAUGCUAGUCAAACAAAUAACUCAAAACCAUAUUUGGACAUAAUUCCAUCUCUACAGAAUUAUGACUUUCAGAGGGAGCCAGGGGGUCAGUCUCUAGAAAAGGCACUUGUUCACCUGAAUCGUUUGAAAGAACUUGUUCAGAGCACCAGCGCUUCCGGCUUCAGUGAUGAAACUGUCAAGACUUCGACUGUUGAGCUUCCUACAAACGAUUUGACACAUAAAAGUUGCUGA